UUUCAGUUUCGAUCGUUCGAAAUGGCCGAGAAACGCUUGUGUGUGUGGCGAAAGUGUGUUCCAUUCCGAACGGAAACUCGCCCUUUGGCUUUUAGGUGAGAAGGCGAGCCUGAACUUGGCAGGCAUAUCUGUAAGCAGUCCGUCUUAUCUGGCAGGCGAAACCGGACUGACACACAUGCACCAUCGGGUUCGGCGGACAUGCCACAGGUUCUCCAUUUCAUACUCUUCGCUCUGUCCUGCACGGGUUCCGUCUCUUGCUCGAUCGUGUUCGCCAGAGCGGGGGAGAAUGCCACACUCAGUUGCCAGUGUUCCAAGAACCAUGGCUGUUACAAAGAGCUUGUCCGCUGGGUUCGAAUGAAUUCGAAUGAGACACUGCAAAUUAUCGAUACUAAAUGUGAGAAAUCGCCAUGCCGAUUCACCAGCAAAAGAACAGACGAUAUCUGGGUUGCCCUGACGAUUUUACAGGUGGAAUCAGGGGAUUCUGGGCGGUAUUACUGUGGAGAGCACCUCCGUAGCUACCUCCAGUUUACCGAUAAUGGAACCGUUUUAACGGUCGGAGAUGUCUGGACGAACAGCAGUGAAUUGCAUUUCCUGAAUGAAUGGACAGGUGAGGGUGGAAGCCCAGAGCUGGAUUGGAGUGAAACUCAAACAUCAAACAGUAGUCAAGAGUUAAUGUCUAAAUGGAGGUAUGAGACUAAAGCGAGUGACUUCUUGGAUGUACGGGACACUGAGUUGCGCUGUGUAGUGACCAGACUCAGUGCCCCCUGGGUAAAUAUCUACUGGCGGUCGACCCGGGAAUCAUGGGAAAAAACUGGCCAGACCUCGUCUUUGUCAGGCACCGAGAGAGGGUACAGGGUAGAGAGCCAGUUGCGAAUUGGACUAAAAGUGAAGUCUGACUGGGAGGAUGAGGAUGAGUACGAGCACGAGUACGGGUACCCAGAUUAUAUACUUAAGGAGAUGGACUUGGAUAAGAUGGUGGAAAUGGAUGAAGAAUUGUGGUGUGAGGUCCAGGUUGGGGUGAAUGUCUCUGUUCAGAGCCCAAAGUUUUCAUUCCGUCAGGAAGGCCAUACUGACUCUGAAUGGUGCAAUGGAGUCCUAUAUGGUGAAAUAGCCUUUUGUGUGCUCUGUGUGUGUCUCCUCACCCUGCUCAUCUGUCACUGUCUCCACCACCAGCACAAAGGUUCAGAACCAUCAGCGACAGAAGUGUCACCAACACUGAACUCUUGCGUAAGCAUUUCACAUAGAGAUGUGUCCUCGGACAUCACCUAUGCUCAUCUGGAUAUCAAGAAACAACCCAAGACAGAGAGACGACAAAGACAGAAGAGCAGACAGAAGAACAGUCAGGAAGACAGACUGGUGUACAGCGAAGUGAGACACAAAUGUGAAGACAGAGUACUGCAUGGGUGAAAGACAGAGAUGCAGAUACCUACAGAAAGACCCGCUGAUACUGCAAGACUUGCUUGUGGGGAGAAGGAAAGAGAGGCAAACAAAGACAGGCAGUCAAUUAGGUUUCUGAAAAUUCUGUGUUUCUGUCUCUCAUUGUAAACUUGCAUGGUUUGUUAUUUCUACCCAACCUUCUAAUUUUGGGGAAACGUUAACAGAAAUAUUUGCCUCCGUUUGAAGAUCAUUUUUUCUGCAGCAAGACAAAAUUAAUGUGCUACUUGUCACAAUGUUUCAUAAUUUUUCCGUUGAUUGAUGAGAAAUGUGCAGACUGUGCUGGAUUUAUCUUAAGUGAACAGUUUGGGUAAUUACUUUGUUGCCUUAGAUCAUGUUUUAUAUGAUGAAUUAUUCAGUCAUUAAUUAUUAAAAAUGUUCAAUUUUUUCUCAUCUCAAAGUAAAUUCCUGUGAUGCUAACUGUGCAUCUUGUUUCUGCUAUCUGGAGAGUAAAAGAUGCUGAUAUUGUAUCUGUGUUACCAGCAGAUAUAAAAGGUUCAUGUUCACGCUGUAAGUACAAAAGAUUUGCUUCAGCUAUUGUAAAGAGGAGAUCGCUUGUUCAUACUGAAACUCCAGUAUUGUCUUGUCCUGUUCAAAAGUUCAUUUCAUCACCAUACUCAUUCUUCAAGUUAAUCCUUUUUUGAAGUAACACAGCUGUUGCUAACCACAGCAUGGAGGCACAUUGGUUAGCACUGCUGCCUCACAGGAAGGGGGUUCAGCCCAGAUCCCCUAUGCAUGGAGUUGGCCUGUUCUCCCUGUGCUCCUGUGGGUUUCCUCUGGGUACACAGGUUUCCUUCCACAGUCCAACGGCAUAUAGCCCUUGGCCAACACAUGAAAAUUUAGCCUCCCUGGCUAACUCACAUUUGCAGAAAUGUUAUUAAUGGGCAUUGACCUUGUCAAAUAAACAAAUAAAUUAGCUUUAAUUGUCA